GAAUCGUCGUUAGAUGGCGCGAAUGGUAUUAUUUUCAAAGCGCGGAGUUAUAUAAAACUAAAAGCGUCAAAAUAAUAUUAACACAAUAUACAUAUCCAUAUAUUAAAAUUUUUCCGGUUCGAAUGGGUAAUACCACUACUAAAAACAUUUAUCGUCAAAAUCCAAAGUAUACUAGUCAGUAUAGCCUUAGUGAUAUAAUUGUUGGAAGUUGCAUUGGGACUUCUGACUCUUCGAAUAAGGAAUCUAAGUCAUGGUCUCGUGGUUCUUACAGAAGCUGGAGCGAAGGUACAUUGUAUGAUCCAUUAUGUACAUCAAAAACAUUAUGGCCUGUUUCACGUUCCCAAACUAUGUUCCUACCAGAAUUUCCAAUAAGACAAGUCAAUUUACAAGUUGCUUUUACAUUUAUAAGUGUCAUAGCAAGAGGAGCUUAUGGAAAAGUUUAUAAAAUUCAGAAGAAUGAUAGUGGACAAUAUUUUGCACUGAAAGUAAUAAGCAAAGCCAAAGUGGUUGCAGAGAAUGGUAUAAUGCAAGCUAAACAGGAAGUAUCUAUACAAAAGCUUGUUGGUCAUCACCCAUUUAUAUUAAACUGUUCUCAUAGAUGGCAAGGAAGAAAGACAUUAUAUAUAUUAACUGAUUAUAUCAAUGGAGGAGAGCUGUUUUCAUUAAUUGAACAGCAUGGCUCUCUGCCUGAAAAUGUAGUUAGAAUAUAUGUAGCAGAAAUUGCUUUAGCUAUUGAUUUUUUACACAAUGCUGGCAUAGUACAUAGAGAUAUAAAAGCAACAAAUGUUCUAUUAGAUGAUGAGGGUCAUGCUGUAAUUAUUGAUUUUGGCCUUGCAAAGUGGGUAAAUCAUACAGAAAGGACAAAUACCCUUUGUGGAACACCAGAAUAUAUGGCACCAGAAAUAUUUAAACUACAGUAUUAUGGACAGGAAGUCGAUUGGUGGUCACUUGGAGUCUUAACUUGCUUCAUGCUUACAAAUCAGUAUCCAGCAGGUGCAUCCAGCGAUCUUUUGCCGGAGAACAGAGGAACUGGUUACGCGGUUGCUGGAACUUUACCACCGAACGCGGAAAACAUUUCUCCAGCCGCGAAAGAUCUGCUGAAACGACUUCUACAGCCUGACCCCUGUCUCAGGUUGAGGUCUCUGUUGAGUCUGCAGAGAAUUGCCUUCUACAUGGGUUAUAAUCUGCAGAGUUACAUGUUGAAGAAGGAAUCUCCGUUUCUACUGUUAGGACGAAAGGUGCAAAAUCAGGAGCGAAGGAUCAAGGAAUUCUCGACUUUCGAUUUUUCUUUGUCUGAUAGUGUCUACGGCGCCGAUGAUCGAUGAUCUCGUGAAUCUCUAGUACUUACUUUACCCUUAGUCAUUUUAGCUGAUGCGAAAUCAUCCUGAUUGGUGAUACAUAAAUCUCAGGAUUCGAAGCUCUAUGUCUUCUACUAUUUUUCUAUUCUUAUUAGUUUGUUGUUCGACCAACUCUAUCGUACAACGUCGUCGAUGCCAUCCAUUAGUUUAAGUCAAGAAUAAUUUGAUAAACUUUUACGUAGUCGCCAUAAAAUCAAUAUUUUUUCACCGGUUUAAGUCAAACAGUGUUAUCGUAUGUGAAAAGUUUGAAAGGUUUUUAGUUGCUUUUAAAUGUUGACUAAACUUUUCGUGCUAAGAAAUGAUGUAUACUUCAAACUACUGUAUUUCUGUGUUGUAGCGCAAAUUAGUUCUUGCGCAGGUCUAUUUGAAGCGUUAAUACUUCAAAAUGUACUUGAAUAAUAAAGAAAAUUAAGCAGAACAAAUAA